AUGACUCGGACCCAGACAAUACAACCUCGUCCGAAGUUUGGCAGGAUGCACCGCAAGACAGUCAACAAGAUGCGGAGCCAUCGCCACGAGUUCGAUUUCGAUCAGAUGCGGGUUACGUGCAGGGGGGGUCGGCAUGACCCGCCGCCAGCAGGUCUCCGCGAAGAAUGGGAUCAUGCUCUGAGUCAAGGACAGCCCCAUCGACCAACAAUGCCAUACUCCCAUGAGUCUGCGGAUAUUGCAGAUACGCCACAGCGAGACCGUGAGCCACAUCCGGGUGAGGGCGACGGCAAGCCAGGUGUUGAAAGGAUAGAUCAGAACAACCCGCGGGAAGAUGAGAAGGAGGAGCCUGAGACUCCCCAAGAACGAUCCAUGAGGGAUAAAUGGCGCGCCGUGGCUAGGAAUUUCAGGGAGAAAGCCUCGGAAUUUGGUGACCGUUUAGGUCGCCCACAGAUCGAAGGAGACGACCUAUCAUCCGGGAAGUAUCACCCGGACUGGGCGACCGGCGGUGCAGUUCCCCUCUCUGACAUGACAGAUGAUAAGCAUAAAAGCGUGGAGGAGAAGCAGCGGCACCAGAAAGAGACCAGCUCCGAGGCCCAUCGUCUGGUGCGAGAUUUGACCCAAGAUCACUCCCAAAAACGCCGCAAAGGUCGUGGGAAGCCUUAUCCUCACCCCGACAAUGAGUUUAAGGAUGAAGAGAAUGAGCCGGGAGCAGAUCCGAACUUUAGAUAUCGCUCUGGCGGCGGCGGAAUUCUGUCGCACUUGAUCAAAUUGCAAGGUGGUCAGCAACAAGGUGCUGGAGAUCAGUCUCGAACGUCAACUGACUCGUCCCACAGCACAGAAUCCGCCCCCAGCGGGGCCCCAACACCAGUACCCAAGAAGGGAAAACCAGUGAAAUGGUACAAAAAGCCUCGGAAUACGUCAAACUCGACGUUGAUUGGUGGGGGCGCGGAGAGUUUCAGUGGUGCAAGCACUCCUGUUUCAAGCGAGGUCCUCUCACAAGCCUCGAAGCGCCGCAACAAUGAAGGUGGGGGCGGUGGUGGAGGAGGAGGCGGUGGAGGUCGCAAUAUGCGGCUUGAGGAUGAAAUCCGAGUCACAGUGCACAUUGCAGAGAUUAUCUGUCGGCAGCGGUAUAUCAUGCAGCUCUGCAGAGCGUUGAUGUUAUUCGGUGCUCCCACACAUAGACUUGAAGAGUACAUGCAGAUGACGGCAAAGGUAUUGGAGGUCGAUAGCCAAUUCCUGUAUCUACCUGGCUGCAUGGUCAUGUCGUUUGAUGACCCUUCUACCCGCACGACGGAGGUAAAACUGGUUCGCGUAGCCCAGGGGAUCGAUUUGGCUCGCCUAUCGGACACACAUCUCAUCUACAAGAAUGUGAUCCAUGAUGUGAUUGGCAUUGAAGAAGCAAUCCAGGAGAUUGAUUCAAUCAUCAAGAAGAAGCCUCAGUAUCACAAGGUCAUCGUUGUCUUUAUAUACGGGUUGGCCACUGCAACUGUGGGACCUUUUGCUUUCAGUGCUAGGCCGAUUGACAUGCCGAUCAUUUUCCUCAAUGGUAUACUUGUUGGUUUAAUGCAACAUGUCGCUGCGCCUCGGUCGGCGUUGUAUUCGAAUGUCUUUGAAGUGACAUCGACAGUCGUGACGUCUUUCCUUGCCCGAGCCUUCGGUACCAUCUCCAUUGGAGUUGUGGAUGGCAAGCCACAGUACCUCUUUUGCUUCUCCGCCAUCGCGCAAUCCUCGAUUGCAUUGAUAUUGCCAGGAUUCCUUGUUCUUUGUAGUAGCUUGGAACUCCAGUCCCAUCAGAUCAUCGCAGGCUCGAUUCGGAUGGUCUACGCUCUCCUCUUCUCGCUGUUCAUUGGAUAUGGAAUUACCGUUGGCACAACCAUCUACGGACUGAUAGACCAGAAUGCCGUAUCCGAAACCUCCUGUCCAGAGAAGGGUGCCUUCAAGAAUCCCUAUGUUCAACGGUUCCCAUUCGUUGCGAUCAUGACGGUUUGGCUUUUGAUCAUCAACCAAGGCAAAUGGAAACAGCUUCCACCCAUGACUGUCAUCGCAUUGGCGGGCUACAUUAGCAACUACUUCAGCACGAAAAAAUUGGGAUCGAACUCCCAGGUCGCGAAUACAGUCGGCGCGUUUGUCAUAGGUAUCAUGGGAAACAUGUACAGUCGGCUCUGGCAUGGCCAUGCUGCAACCGCUAUUCUGCCUGGCAUUUUCGUUCUGGUGCCAUCUGGACUGGCUGCAACCGGAUCUCUAAUCUCGGGUGUACAGUCCGCGGAUGAAAUUCGUCAAAGUGUCGGUCAUGGUGGUGGGAGUUCAGGGCCCGGGGCUGGCUUGCAGUCUGGUACUUCUGUAUUCAGUCUAGGGUUUGGUAUGAUUCAGGUUGCGAUUGGCAUUACGGUUGGUUUGUUCAUUUCCGCACUUGUAGUUUAUCCAUAUGGCAAAGCCCGCAGCGGACUGUUUAGCUUCUAG